ACUCUACAAAGAAAUUUAUGGGUACAAUAAAUAAGUACAUAGAAUAUUGAACAAAUAUGAAGAGCUUAUAUUCGCAGAUUGUGGCAGUAAUGUAUUUUACCGCGAAACUCGCAUUUACGUAUAUAUCGGGUUAAAAUAUUAGUUUUACCAUUGAAUACGAUAAAUUUUAAGUUCAAAAUGGUCAAAAGUGUGGCAGCGAAUAUACGAGUAUGAGUAUAAAUGCCGUGUGUAACAGAUUUUGUUUCUUUGACGACAACUGCAACAACUUAUACUUAUAUAAAUAUCCAUGUACAUUGUGUAUAUAUGUGUAUGAACUAAAAAUAUAUAUAAGUAAUAUUAAAUAUGUAUGCCUGUGUCGGCUCAAUAGUGCUGAUAUGAUGAUAAUAUCUCAAACAGUUAUGGUAAAGCACAAAUAACUCACAUAUUUCAUCUCUGGUCAAUAAUCGAGUAUCAAAUGGCUGAAAGAAAUAAUUAAUAUGCAAACUACAAAAAUAAUAAUACCUACAAAUUUAUUUAAAAAGGGAGGCCGCAACAUUUAAUAUUGUUAUCAAACUAAACAAGUUUUGAUUUGGUAGAAUCGUGCAUUUAUUGACGGUGGUUUCUGUAUCGCAUUUAACAUGGAUACCAAGAAGGAUAUAGUGACAUCACAAGCAAGUGGCACUACAUUGCGACGUCCGAUUCAAAUUGUGAAAAAACGCUCUGGUCCGUUAGAUGAUGCACUAAAAGAGCUAUAUCAGGAGCUAAGUGAUGCAUCCGCUACGAUUGGCACGACAGCGUCGACGGCAACACAAGCGGCUUUUACAGUUUGGCAACCAUCUUCAAGAGAUACCAGUUUGAAAUUUCCCUCAUUCACAGUGACCGCAGCAUCACCACAAUUAGCACGUCGUCGUCCAACAAUCAAAGAGAAAGAGAAAAAACGGGAACGUUGGUUACUUACACGUAAAACUUGGAAAUAUAUGACUGAUGCUGGUCGUAAGCUUAUACCGGAAGGAGCACAAAACUGUAAAGAAGAUAUAGCUAAGAUUGAAGCAAAUUUUCAACAGAUUUGUUCCAACGAACCCCGUUUUAUAUUGUGGCGUCGGAAGUCUUCUUAUCCAGGAGCCGUGCGAAAUUCGAAACAACGUUUGAAACAUUUAUUGCAACAUACCGGGCAAAAGGGAUCAAAUACGAUAGAAGCAAUAGAACAGGAAGAAGCACACAAUGCUGAUCAAGUAAUCGAUCUUUUGCAGUCUUUUUUAAAGCUUGACGAAAUGUGUAAAACUACGACAUUACUCAGCUCAAAGACUGUCCGGCCAGAUCAGACAGCUUCGCCAAGUGCUCGUCGUCCUGAUAGCCGGACGUUACGGACUAACAGCGGCAAUAUAACUUCACGUGGUCCUAAUUUUUUUGCACUACAACUUCCUAACGAUUUACAACAACUAAAUGAAAUCGAUGAACUGCUUGAACGUUUACGAAGAAUUUCUCGUAGUGCGAGAGUAAAUGAAUUUACAAUACCACCAAAUGAUAUUACUCCAGCUAUUCUUCAGGAUAAGGUUUUACUUAAACAAAUAUAUAAUUCUCUUAAAAAACAACAGUUACAUCGUGUUUUGAGUACACAUUCCACACCGUCAUUAAAGGCUACACGACCGAAUAUAAGGCAUUCUUCAUCAUUGUCUAGUUUACAGAAUUUUGGUGAUAACGUUAAUAGAGUUGUUAAGUUUGGAGGUAGUACUAAAGAUCAGAAUUUGAAUUUAGAACCUUCCAAUCAAGAAACUAUCAUUCAAUUGAGAAAAACCGCUACAAAACUAACGAUACCAUCAGCGUCAAUAACUGGAGCAGUACCAAAAAAUCAACUCCUUUCAAUCCCAAAGGACACUAGUAUCAAACCUAUGCCUCCUACGCCAGCGCCUCGCACACGUAAGCCACCAAAUGCACUCAAUCUACCAGCUUUAAACAAAAACAGCACAAAUAACGUACCUUUAAGACAUGUGAAACAGCCUCAGGCUGUGAAGUAUUUUAAUUCUUGUGGAACUCAAACUAACUUUGUCCCUUUGCAAGAAAUUAAACGUUUAGCAGAAGAAUAUAAGAAUUUGAAACAGGAAGAGGCUUCAUUGAAGGCUUUAUUAAGUUGCACGCCUAGCGCCACUGAUGAUGAGAUGGAGAAAGGCGCCAGUUCUACAACAACUACAAGCCCUCAACACCAUCAUCGUCGCAAGAGUUCAAUAGAUAAUGAAGAUAUUUCACAAUCCGUAAGUGAUACGAUUAAGCGAUAUUUGCGUAUGGCCCGAAAGAAGAGCGUCAAUGAUGAUAACUCUAAUCGAUUUAAGCGUGUUAAUUACGAUCGUAAUUUACGAAAUAUAAAAGCGAAGGGCGAAAUUAAUCCACCUGGUAUGGAUGAAGACAAUUCGAAAGCUGUACAAACGUUGGACGCAUGGCCCGUGAUUUGUUUAGACUUUAUACGUGGUAAAGAAACAUAUAGUAUCUUAGAGGGAGCUCAUGCCGAAUGGCAGCGGGCACUAGAUGAACGUAUUCAAAAAAAGCUGGAAUACGACCAAAAGAUCUGUUUAAACAAUGCCACAUCGAUACCGGCAUUAUCAAGUUGUGGUUCCUCAUCUGCACCGACAUCGCCAACAUCUCCUGUAACUUUCAGUGGAGCUAUCCACAAUUUAGAGGCUCGUCAAGCGAACCACGGAAUUGGAAGCAGCAUGGGAAGCCUUCGUCACGUUGGAUCACAGUUUUUAUCAAAUUUAUGGCACGGAACUAGUAGUAGUGCAGCAGCAACUCCUGAUGAUGAAGAUACUGGCAACAGUAGUGCUGAAAGAAAUGUUCCAAAUCAUUCUAGCAGCUUUUUAAAAUUCCAUCGAAGUUCAAAAUACGAUCACAGUCCAAUAAUGAAUGACUCUGCUGCGAAGGGUGCAAGUUUGAGCACAACAAUGCAAAAGUCAAAAUCAUCUUCCAAUGUCGGACAAUUUGUCACACGUAAAAUACUUAAAAGCCGUUCGAAAAGUCAGUCACGACCGAACACUCAAGCAUCAGUUUCGAAAUGGGCGCCAGCGGAAAAGUGCAGUUGGACUUCAGAGAACGGCGAUUUUAUUGUAAUACAAGAUUCAUGCUUGCAAAAUCUGACUGACAUUGAAGCGAAAAUUUUACAACGUGUUGCGAUUGAAAAGAUAAACGAACUUAAUAUUGGAGUUAAUGUCUUAUUAAAUAGUAAACCACAGAAGCGAAGGGUUCUGGCCAAGAAGAAAGCGAUGACUACCAGUUUCUUUGAUGUUAGUAAAAAAGAGGACCAAAAGCAAGGUGGACCCGGUUUAUUUGGUAACUCCUUGGAAUGGUGUGUCAUCAAUGAUAAGAAACGGGGAAACAACUUGAAGGCAUCAACUGAUCGUGGUUCGCGCAACUCAUUAGCAGCACUAUUUCGUGGUGGUAGUUCGAAUGCGGUAACAAAUAAAUUGGAUGAAAAUGUGCGGUCUUAUGAAAGCUUGCCCUCGAGCACAUUUUCUUUGGUAACUUCGCUUAGUAGUGAUAACAAUUGUCAUAGUGGCCGAGCGAGCAGUACCAAAUCGAGCACCGGUUAUUUUGGCAACCUGUCAUCAAUGCAGAAGCAGAUUUCACGCAGCCAAUCUGAUAUAAGGCGUCAUAGUCAAGAGUUAGACCUGCAGGAUCCAUCUUAUUUUAAGGAGCAGAGUGAAAUAGCCAAUCAAAAUGCUUUGCAAGUGCCUACUUUCAUAACAUCUUGCAUAAAAUAUCUUGAAGAGCACGGAUUACACAAGGUUGGACUAUUUCGUGUGAGCACAUCCAAGAAGCGAGUUAAACAGAUGCGUGAAGACUUUAACAAGAAUGCUGUCACUGAUAUUCGUGAGGAAACUUGCCCUCACGAUGUUGCAACGUUGAUAAAGGAAUUCUUGCGCGAUCUCCCAGAGCCGUUGUUGUGCAGCGGUCUGUAUAAAGCAUUUUUAGAAACUCAAAGAAUACGUAACCGUCGCUUACAGUUAGAAGCAAUAUCCCAUUUAGUCAAACUGCUUCCAGCGGCUCAUCGUGAUACCCUCUAUGUCUUAUUUAAGUUUUUAGCAAGGGUUGCGUCCUGCUCCGACGACGUUAUUGGUCACGAUGGUAAUGUACAAGUCUGCGGUAACAAAAUGGAUAGCAACAAUCUAGCAACUGUUUUUGCACCUAACAUUCUGCGUACAAAUUUAUCAAACACCUCUUCGUCAGAUGUGACGUGUGGAAACAGCAUUGAACAAGAGUCUAUGAAUGAUGCUAUAAAUGUAGUAAGAAUUAUGAUUGAUCAUUAUGAAGAAAUCUUCAAGGUGCCGGCCGAACUAAUUGAUAUUGUAUACUCCCAUAUGCUGGACGCGUGUCCGGAGAAGCUUUAUAGUAUAUGCGAGCAACGCAUACAGAGUAUAAGUAAUAUAGGCAAUUCUUGGUCUUCGUUAAACAAUAGUGAGCAAAGCUUAUCACCAAUGACCACAACUUCUGCUUCCAAUGUAUCUUCCUCUAUUGUCGGCAGUGUGGUAGGUGUUUGUCCAAGUACGUUGCCAUCCUUGAAUACAAUUGCGAAACGUCUGUACACACGUGAGUCUGUCAUGCAUGACAAUGAUGCAUGUCGUUUGACAGAAGCAGCAACAAAUGGGUCGGAUGAUGGAAAACGGAGCUCGAAUAUGCAUUCAGGUCGUCACUCUAUGACACAAAAGUUACGGCAAAAUGGUCGUAAGGGUAAUAUUACAAACUCUGACAUGGUGGAGCGACGACAAUCUUCACCAAAUAUAUUAGGUAAAGCAGCUAUUUUAUCAGCAAGCUUACAAAUUCAAGUACCUGGUGCCCAGGCAGGUCAUUUAAAAUUAACAGGCACCACACCGCAAAAAAAAACAAAAUCAAUACUGAACGAAAAAAUAGCGUAUGAUUUGGAUGACAUUACUACGGGUGUAUCGAAUUCUUUGUCCUCGCAUCGAAUGGACCAUUUCGAUUAUUCAGAUAUUUCGUAUCUUGAAAAAGCAACAAAAAACCAAGAAAUGAAACAUGUACAUCAAUAUAUUCCAAUCGCCGGAUCAUUGUCCAUUUCAACCAAAAUUGAAAGAUCCACAAAUGAUUAUCGACCAGUUCAGAUAGUGCAGGAACGAAAACAGCAUCAAAUUCAUAAUAAUCGACCAAACUAUUUACGACUGCAGUCUACAACACAAGCAUUACUAACAGCUCCGACUCAAUACGCCUCUGUCGAACCGGAAGAGUCCCUUAAACAAUCAAUCGGUGAUAUUUCGAACCCGAAUACAUACGAUUCAUUACUUAGAAGGAACACAGAAAAUCUUGUACAUAAAUCACCAGCGAGCAUUUCCAAUUUUGGCGGCGUGAUACUGCGGUCGAAAACCGCUGAUUUUGAGAAUGUGUACACUAAUAAACAGCAUCAACAGAAGCAGCUCCAAUCGCAAGAAAUGGAACGAUCGCCUAUUCAAGAUGCAACAGUUUCCUUAACAACAACAAGUAACGCGAAUCUUUAUAAACGACAGGAACUAAUAAAGAGUGCCAAAUAUGGCAGCGAAAAAAAAUAGACAUAGUAGUGUUGAGAUUGAAACCUUGAAAUCUGUUGAAAGGUAUGCAUCAAGAGAAUUGUGUACCCUAUUGAUAAUUACUCUCCUAUUAGAAUGAUUCUAAAUAACCGUGAAGAAAUUUCACUACUCAGGAAAUAUAGUAUUAAGAGGUUACAUGGUUUUCCUCGAGCCAAAAACGGCCUAGUUUCAAUGUUAUUUUCGAACUUUUUAUUAUUCCAAAGAUUCGUUGUGUUGACAGCAGAACUUCUUACAGGACCAUCAAAAGUAAAAAGAAAAAAAUUAUUGUUUUAACUAAGACCAUAAACUUGGUAUUAGGCGAAGGAAACACAAAAAAAUGCCGUUUAUAAAAAAAAUCUAAAUUCUGGGAAAAUUUCGACUUUUUUUAUAAAUACUUGUAAUAGGGCAACAAAAAAAUCCUUCAUUCAAGACCUUCUAAUAUACAUAUGUCUCCAAGAUCUGUGUUUAAUUUCAUUCUUAUUGAGUAGUUCGCCAGAAAGCGACUUUGAAAACACAGUUUCGAGAAAAACGCAUUUAAAGUUGUAAGUGACUAUACAGCUGAUAUCGAGCAAAGAGGAGAAAACUUUAAAUCAAUAAUUAGGAAAAUAUUCUAGAGACUUUAUUGAAUUAAACAAGAGAAUUUUUUGAAGCCGUGAAAACUAGCAAUGGAAACCAUAGUAACCUCCGAAAUGUUAAGACUUUCUUAUUCCUUUCCUCUUAAGGCAGCAAUAAAAAUCCUCUUACACUGGGACCAAAAAACAAUAUGAGUUCGCCGCAAACUUUUGAAUGCUUGCAGCAGUUAAAUAAUACCUAUGUUAUUACGUGUAUUGCCUUUUAAAUUUCGGUAUUAGGGAACAAAACAAAUAUUAAUCAUAGAAAAUCGCUUUAUUGUUUUUUCAGAAUAUUCUUUAUAAAAAUCUAUAUACUCUUGCAUUCGUUUGCAUCAGUUUUCGAAGCACUUUUGCCACUCAGUUUGCAGUAUUUCCAAAACAUACACUUUAAAGUAUUAUCUUUUACUACGUAGUACAUAUUGUAGGGAUAUGUCUAGUUGUUCUAGAAAACAAGCAAUCAUUUGCCUGGAAGUGCUUCGUGUGUGAAAAACUUUAGUUGUGUUCGGCUCAUCUUAAAACACCCAUACAGUCGACUGCUCAUUCGCGUAAGUCCACGAUUCACGUAUUUCGAAGCAUCUCCAUCGUGUUACUAUUUUAACACUUCUCUCGACCAAUAAACACGAGCGUUUUUUUGAACGAUCGACAAAUUGUGUGGGCUCCAACGUGAACAAAUAUUUUUAUAGUUGUUAAGUGUUAUUUUAACACUUCUCUCGACCAAUAAACACGAGCGUUUUUUUGAACGAUCGACAAAUUGUGUGGGCUCCAACGUGAACAAAUAUUUUUAUAGUCAAAUGUCGGUGCAAUAUUGAAUGUAGGCUAGUCCCACUAAUGCCUAUAGUUGCCUCUAUCCCACGAUAGCUCACAUGACGAUCUUGCAAUAUCACUUUGCGUACAAAAUCAAUAGUUUCCGGAACAGCAACUGAUUUUGGACGACCUUCACAAAAUUCGUCUUGGAGUGAACUGCGACCUCGAUUGAAUUCACCUUACCAUUGAUGAACCCUGGUCCUUGUGCAUGAAAAUGAGAGUGACUUAAUUCCAUUUUUGGGCUGAGAUUAAUAUUUCAAGUUAUUGUAUACAACACAAAUAGCGGUCGUAUGUCAAAACGCUCUGAGUGUAUAUAACAUCAAAAAUAUCAAACUUUACGAUCAAGUUGUCAGUUGCCAGAUUGCAACACUAUGAUUGCCAAAUCCCGAAAUAUAAAAGGCACCUACCCAUUGCUAUCCUUUUGUUAUCAAUCGGAGCAAAAUAUAUGGUAGUAGCUAGCUUUGCUUUAUAACUACUUACGUCGUAUCGCCUGCGGUAAAUAUGCGUAAAAAUUGUUCUUUAAACAUGUCCACACAUAAUACAUAUUUCCUGGUAAAUAAUUACGCUAUUAUGUUAAAGCAUAUAUGUAUAUACAUGUAUGUAUGUAUUUUAGAAAAUGUUAAGCUUAGUAUCCCGCUCUUAAGUAAUUGCUCAAGAAAAAAAAUAUGCAUGUAUGUGUGUAAUAACAUAAAUAUUUUCAUUGCGAUUUAAGAAAUGUUGUUGAUGAUUGGUGAGUUUUAUGCAACAUUUCAAAAUGAAAUAUACUUCAUAAUAAUGAUUUUAACCAAUUUAGAAUGAAUUUAACGAUUACUUUGAAUUUCCUUCAAGAAACAAUUGUUGAUUAAUUGUUUCUUCGCAAAACCAGGAUUGCCAAAUACGCAUUUUAUUGAAAAAUGUAUUUAAAAUUAGUACUAAAUUUCUUUAGAGCUGCAUACUAGCACAAGAUAAUUUACCGCAGGAAAUUUUCUUGACCAUUUCUUAAGCGUUUUUAUAUGAAGUUUUUACAUUUCUUGAGAGCUGGAUACUAAGCUUUAGAUAUAAGAACAGAUGAUAAAACGCUGUUUCAUUUUCCAAAAUCCGACCAAGUUCUUGCUAGACAUAUCCGACAAUAACUUACCCAUGUCAGGAGAAUGGAUUGUCUAGUCUUAUUAACAAAAAGUUAUGUAUACAUACGACUAUAUGUACAUAUAUAUUUAUGAACACCUUAAAUACACACAUAUUAUGUAACUUUAAGUUUUUUAAUCACUGGACGUUGCUACAAAAUAUUUAAACGAAAUAAGUGUACUUUGUUUGUACGUAACCUCGUUGUAAGUUUAGAUAAGUAAAAGUAAACAUAGAUAAAGAAAAAUUAA